AUGGUGAAAGAUUAUGUUAAACAUGACGAGGAUGACAAAAGAGUAAAAACUUCCCAGUAUGAAAACUCUUCACAUUUCUCAGAUAUUUUCGAACUGUGGCGAGACCCACCUCAAGAAGAGAAUACCGUGGUAGUACCGGGAAUUGCUGAAAUAAUCACCCACCAAACUCUACCGCACGUUCUAAACAAUCUUUUGUAUACGGAAAUGAGAACUGCCGAUAUGACGAAUUUAGGAAAUAUUUUAUUAGGAUACCCAGCAGAAGGCGAUUCAGUUCACGAUGACUCCAAAGUAGGUAGAUUAUCUCUAGCACACGAAAAGCUAACCUACAUGCCAAAAUUAGUUUGCGACGAAUUUGGACCUUCCGUUAAAAUACUAGACAUAACAAACAACAGCAUCAAGAACCUCGAUUUCUUAGAAUAUUUUCCCGAACUAACAUCCCUCAUAGCAGACAAAAACCCGAUAAACUCAUUAGACACCAACAUACCGUGGAUGCCUAAAUUGGAGCUGCUCUAUUUGAACCAUUGCAAAAUUGACGAUCUUUAUUGGAUCGAAACAUUGAAAUACAAUUGCCCAAAUUUGAAGUAUUUAUCGUUGAUGGGCAAUCCUGUUGUGCCUUCUUUCAUGACUCAAGGGAAUAUUUAUCAAUAUUUACAGUAUAGGCUAUACGUAAUCUCUCUAAUUCCCACCCUCAUUCAUUUGGACGAUAAAAGAAUAAGUGAUGACGAAAAGAUAGAAGCAGAAAAGAUGUUCCCAACUCCAUUUGUUCAAAACUUUUUAAAGACGACGAAAGCACGUUUACCGCACUAUUUUAGAAGAAUAACCGAUAGAAUGAACGACUACUUUUCUAUAUCAUCCAAAGGUUCCAGUACAAAUAAUGAGAGAAACUUAAUAGUUUAA